AUGUUUUUCAUUAAACGGUUCAUUAUUUGGGGACUUAUACUUGGUGUCAGUGUCACCCAAAUUUUACUUUAUAUACCAAUAUUCACUUGUAGGUCUUCUGGGAAAAAUGUUUUAUGCUCACCAAUAUACAAGGUUCAGCUCAUAGAAGAUUCAAAGUUGACUCACGAUUUCAUAGCUACAUUGAACGAGCUCUUAAGACUCCUUUCAUAUUUGACAAUAGACAUGGGUUGGGAUGGAGAGAUCACAACCCCCACAAUUUAUGACAACGGAUACUUGGAUAAAGCCAUGAAAGAGAAUAACAUUUUUAAAGUUAAUUAUUUUGGAUACUGUAAGUUUCAAGACAGUAAAAAUGACUACUGCUCAAGAUUAACAAGUAGUUGUUUAGAUUUGUUUGGGACGAUUGCAAAAGAUAUGGGGGUUUAUUUAUCACGGUAUACAUCAAAUUACAAAACCAACCCAGAUGUAAUUGGUUCCUCAUUGCAGCAGUUUUAUUACUUAACUUUGCUGUCGAUUUACAAGUUUUUGAAAAUGGAUCAUAAGAACGACAAUAAUUUCUUGCAAAUUCUGUAUGGGAUUCAUAAUGUUAAGGUAUCCGACACAAUCCAUGUUUAUUCUGAUAGUUACAAAAGUGCAGUAAUUACGUUAUAUAUUUCGAUGAUUUCAAAUAACGUACUUAAAGACUUAUUAUUGUUGGAGUUCACCGCUGUAAUACUUCUGUUUUUAGCGAUUUCUGGAUUUGGUGCAUUGUUAUUUAUCUGGAAGAAACAGACAAUACUGCCACUAAUUAUAAUGAUAAUUUCCAUAAUUUCUUUUAUGUUAUCUUUUUUCUCUUUUGCAUCAACAUUAACUAAUAUAUUAUCUUUGAAAAGAUUAGAAAGAAAUGAAGAUAUUAUUGAAAAUGGAUGGGAAAUGUUACAAGUCACUUAUGGAUCAGGUUUUAUAUUUGCAUGCAUACGUCAUAGUCUACAGUGGGUUAUAUUAAUAUUAGGAAUAGUGGUAAAAAAAUACUAUUCAGUAGUCCCCAAACCUCAGCCUGUUAUCCAAAAUGAGAUAAAAGAAGAAGAAGACAAAUAA